AUGGAUCACAAAAGUACAAUUAUUCAUUUCCUUGCCGUGCGUGGAACGGAUCGGCGGGGAAAGGUGUUUCGUUUCGAGAUAUCUGCCGACGAAAUGGGGCGAGUUGCGCAGGCUCGCAUAACCGAGGAUGCGCGGAAAGCCCGGGUUCUGGAUGGCAAGCAUCAUGAUCAGAAGGCUUCCAAGCUUGGUGGUUUAGCGAAGGGCGAGAAGAGGCGCAUUACUAUCCAGGAUCGCAUCAAGAUCGAUCUUCACGAGUGGCUGCUCCAGGAAUGGCGCUGUGAGCCCAACAACAAGGGCAACCCAAAGAGUGGACCAAUUUCGGCUCAUGUUGAAUGGCACGCGAAGGGUUGCAAGAGUCGGAACAUCUUCACCAUGAGUGAACACGAAUUUCUGGAGCAGCUUCUGGCAAUCGGCAGGUCGUCGGAACACUUGCUCGUCGUUAAUUCCGAUAUAACUGAUUAA